ACACGAAGAGUUAAGAGUUAAAAGUUUCCUCCUAAUCAAAGUCAAGUAUUUUGUCAAGAGCUGUCCUCCAACGUUGACAUGAUGUCCCAGCGUGCAGCCUUGAGCAGCCUGUUCAGUGAUGAUCCUUUCUUCAGCCAGGAGAGGCUGCUGUGGCCGCUACGUCGCGAGUCCCUUCCCUCACUGCAACAAGACUUCUUCAACCAAAGAGCCAAGCUGGUCGACAGUCUCCUGAGGGAGCUCCACGAUGGGCCCCACCUGCUCAAACUUCACCAGUUCCCUCUUGUUUCUUCCACUUUGUCGAGGCUGAGUGAUGGUAAAGAACAGCAGAGAGAAACUCCCAGCAUAGAGUUGCACAAGGAAGCUCAGCAGGCCACAGAAAACAGCGGCGACCUCCUAGUGACCCUUGACGCUCGAGGUUACGCUCCCAGUGACAUCACUGUCAAACUGGAUGGGAGGAGUCUGGCAGUGGUGGCCAUGAAGCAGGCUGGAGCAGAAGAAAGCCAGUCCUGCUCCUCCUCCUCUUCCUGCGCCUCCUUCUGCUCCUCAGCCUCUUCUCAGAUGGGAUUUGCACAGAGGAUCGAACUGCCUGCUCACCUUGACCUGUCCGGCCUCUCCUGUUCACUGAUGGAUGACGGACAGCUACGUAUCCACGCCCCCGUGGCAAAGCAGCCAAUCAGUGAAGAAUGUCAGGUGCCCAUUCGGUUCAGGACAUCACUUGAAUUUCCCAUUUCAAAGGACAAGACAGACGAGGAACACACAGACUAAUGCACUCAUGACACACAGGCCACACAACAUGAAAACACAUUUUAUGACUUAAUACCAACCAUGUUUUCAUAACCACCCACA